CGUAGCCUCCCCCAGCAGGUAUUUAUUUGUGUUUUCGCCCAGUACCGGCAGCAGUUUAUAUUUGAUCAUCAAAACAAAACGAUUACGAAAUAACCAUCUCUCUCGCUUCCUAUUAAAUAUGCAUAUCAGACACAUUCAAAGCGUUUCACGGCAGGCAGUCAGGUGCUUCCGAUUAUCUACAACAAGAACAACAAAUCGUAAUUUUGGUAUAGCUGCAAUAACAGUAAAUAAAUGCCCGCGUUACUGCGUUGUCCUUUUGCCAUUGGUCGCAGUUGUCAGCAAUGUUGAGUGCAGUGCGGAUUUAGCAACGAAGUCACAUUACUCCACAGCAUCUGCCGUCGACAUGUCGAACGAAGAUUACAAGAACGCAGCCUCGAUCUACGAUUUCACCGUUAAGGAUACGCAUGGCAAUGAUGUCUCGCUGGAUAAGUACAAGGGUCAAGUUAUCCUUGUCGUCAAUAUUGCCUCGAAGUGUGGUUUGACUAAGAAUAACUAUCAGAAAUUGACCGAUCUGAAAGAGAAGUUUGGUGAACGCGGCUUGACCAUCCUGAACUUCCCAUGCAAUCAAUUUGGCUCCCAGAUGCCAGAGGCUGAUGGUGAGGCCAUGGUUUGCCAUUUGCGUGACUCAAAAGCGGACAUUGGUGAAGUCUUUGCCAAGGUUGAUGUGAAUGGCGAUAAGGCAAUCCCUUUGUAUAAGUAUUUGAAGGCUAAGCAGACUGGCACCUUGGGUAGCGGAAUUAAAUGGAAUUUCACCAAGUUUCUGGUGAACAGGGAGGGCAUACCAAUUAAUCGCUAUGCACCCACCACCGAUCCCAUGGACAUAGCCAAAGAUAUCGAGAAACUAUUGUAGAUCUUGUAUGUAGUCUAUAAGCAUUGUGACUAACUAUCUAUAUAACUUAUACUGUUUUCGGCUUUAGCUUACGAACUAGUCCGACUAAAAAUGUAAUUGUUUAUUGAUUUAUCUUUUCUGCUAAUGUAUUCUCAAAUAAAGAAGAAAUAUUAAUUGUAACGUACAAAUUAAAU